AUGUCCUCCAGCGCUUCCGUUGCCGACGAGCACGCCGUGGAUAGUCAUGAAGGCCUCGCGUAUCCUUCCAUGCCAGCUCCAAAUUAUGGUCCGAUCUUUCCACCGCAUUACCCGCAACCUUACGGCCUUCCAGCUGUGGGUCUUGGAGACUACAACUGGGUCGCACCCAUUCCUCCUCCAGGGCACAUUCCAGAUCCUCAACAAUCGGCAUCCUACUACAGCGCUCCCUACGGUGUCCUAUCUCCACAUGGACCCGGAUACGUUUGGUACUAUUCCACGUCCACUCAGAUAACGGCCGAACCUUUUCAAGAGAGCCCUUCCCUGAGAGGAGAUCACGAGCUGUCUAAUCGGGUACAGAGACUUGAAGAAUCAACGCACCAUAGAAUGAACCUGUCUCCAGAAGAGCAAAAUAAAUUAACAUGGUAUUAUUGCUCCCAAUUUGGGAAAGGAUGCAAUCAUUAUCACGGAAGAAAAAAUGCGAUCGAGCAACACUCCUGCGUGAAGAAAGGUAAAGCGACAACACUUGAACGAGUCGGUCUUCCUGUCAUGGUCACACUCGAUGGCCACCAGGUCACUUGGGGGAUUCCGACUGAGCACGGCGAUCCCCAGCCUCUCACUCGUACUCCUCCUCCGCCGCCGCCCGAUCAGAAAUCUCGUCACACAACUACUGCUUCUUACGAUCUCGUACACUCUUCGCAACCCGCAGAACCCGUUCUCUCGUCUCCGACCGCAAACUCUCACUCGAUGAUGCCUUCAUCGACUCCACCGGCAUCCACUGUGGGUACUGUUGGAUCCUCGACGCCGAAUCUUGCAGAACAAGACACGCCCCUCGUUCUCGAUGCUCUCUUACCGAAAUUGUUCGUAAUUGACCUGGUUCUUCGCCUUAACAUGGAUAAAGACACCCUGUUCAUCGCAACGAUCUCCCCCGAAUUGGCACAUAUUAUGGAACUCGUUCGCGCAGAACUUGGACGAAACACCACUGUGCCAUCGAACAUACAUUCGUUACCCGAUCCCAGGGCCUAA